UGUCCCCGAAAUCUGUGGCACUCACAUCCGGUGCGGCUGCGACGUGAACCAGUUGGUGAUCGGAAAUCCCAAGGAAAAUAAACAGCGGCGUCUCGGCUUUCCUCCCUCUCAUCCAUCCUCCCGCUCCGUCGCAGGAAGACCUGUUCGCUCGCUGCGCCAUGGCGGACAGCAGUAAUCGAUAUCAGGCGUUGCAGAAUGAAGAAGAGCCAUUGGAGGUGUCAGAAUCUGGGGCUGAAGCUGCUCCUCCACCUUACAGCAGUAUUGCAGUGGAAAGUGCAGCUUAUUUUGAUUACAAAGAGGAUCCUGCAUUUCCAAAGCCGCCUUCCUACAGUGUGGCAACCACGCUCCCUUCUUAUGAUGAAGCUGAACGAACGAAAGUUGAAGCAACCUUGCCCCUAGUCUCUGGAAGGGAUGAUGAUUUUUCAGGAAGGGAUGACUUUGAUGAUGCAGAUCAGCUCAGGAUAGGGAAUGAUGGCAUAUUCAUGCUGACAUUCUUCAUGGCAUUCCUGUUCAACUGGAUUGGUUUCUUCUUAUCAUUUUGUUUGACCACUUCAGCUGCUGGUCGGUAUGGGGCCAUUUCUGGAUUUGGCCUCUCUCUGAUAAAAUGGAUCCUCAUUGUCCGGUUCUCUACUUAUUUUCCUGGAUACUUUGAUGGUCAAUACUGGCUCUGGUGGGUGUUCCUAGUCCUGGGAUUUCUACUGUUUCUCCGAGGAUUCAUUAAUUAUGCAAAGGUUCGGAAAAUGCCAGACAGUUUUGCCCCUCUGCCAAGGACUAGGGUCCUUUUCAUCUACUGAGAAUUAAGAUGGUUUCCUGGAGAGUGAUUUCCUGCAUCCGUAGAUUGAACAACUUGUUCACUAGCAACUGACACCUGCAGGAAGCGGACCUCGCAACUGGGGCACAAAAAAAGUGGGGGGAUGGGGGGCGCGGCUGGUUAAAUUACUGCAUCAGAAAAGGACAACAAAGGACAACAGUGUUUCGUAUCUGUUUUUAGAUGUACAAUUUUAAUAGUGAAUGCUGAAAACUAGUAAUCAUUAUACUGUUUUAGUGGCUACUGUUGAAGUGCUAUCGCAAAACUGGUCUGUGAUGUACUAACAAUGCCUUAUUCAUUUGGCUUCAUUACCUAGCAUGCACCUUGCCCUGAUAACCAGUAGAGGGCACAAUUGCUUUUCUUUUUCCUUUAGGCUUUAUCAUCAGUGAAUUUUAAGAAGACAACAUAGCGUAGAAAUGAUGCUGGUCAUGAUAUAUGUUUAAAAUAAUUGUACUCCUUGGAGGCUAGUGGUGAGAUGAUGUGUUAUCAUUUGCAGAACACUCCUGCAUUUUAAGAACAGACUAAUGCACUUUUUGUGCUUUCUGCCAAGAGUUAUUGGACUGUACUUUCUGGUUUUAUUAUGUUCUCUGGUAUAUGACUGUAAAUAGAUCAGAACCUCUAAUAAAUGUAAAUUCUAUAACA